AUGACUUACAAAGGCUCUACACAGCGUGCGGAAUUGGGACCUUAUGCCCACGAGAAGCAGAUGCCUUCUUGGCUCCGGGAAAUGCUAGAGAAGAGUACCAAAGUGACUCAGCCAAGUAGAAUUUCCUCCCGUGGCAGACUACGGAAGCCUGAGACGGCUGCGAAUGAAACGGCUGAUAUUAUUCCAACUCUUGCACGUCUGUGUUCAAUGGAUAAAUCAGUACGGCGAGCUCUCCUAUGCAGCCCCAAAGUUUGUCAGAUCUCCAAGCUACCUAGGGAGGGCAGCUUUUGUGGCUAUAGAAAUAUUCAGAUGAUGAUCUCAUACAUAAAAGAAGCCGGCAUUCCCGGAAACGACCGUUUCCCGGAUUCCUUGCCUACAAUUUUAGAACUACAAAAUAUGAUUGAACAAGCAUGGGACAUGGGGUACAACAGUGUUGGGAGAGAGGAGACAGGGGGGAUCCGGGGCACUAGAAAAUAUAUCGGGACAUCUGAGGCACAGGCUUUAUUUCGAAGUCUGGGAAUCCAAUGUGAGACUUGUAGUAUCGGAGAGACGCAGGAGGUACGGGCUUAUGAUGCCCUUUUGGCAAGUAUUGCGAGCUAUUUUCGACAAGAAUUCUCACCUGAUAAGAACGACAAAGUACUCGUUACCAGCCUGCCACCCAUCUAUUUUCAGCACCAAGGACAUUCCCUAACAAUCAUUGGCUUCGAGAUACGUGACAAUGGAAGUGCAAAUCUCCUCGUUUUAGACCCGAUGUUCAAGCCUCCUCCAGUGGUGGAGCAUGGCAAGGAGACAUAUUCGAAGUUCCACGAUCCCACUCAAACCUUAAAAGGAUAUCGACGAGGUACAGACUACUUGCGAAAAUACAAGCUUUUCGAGAUUCUCAAUCAGUUAGAACAUGUGGACCUACGAUACGUGGAAUGCAGUGUCUUUGGAAAUAACAAAAUGUUGUAA